CAACCAUCGACCGUAUCCGUAUCACACUUACAUCAUGGCCGGCGACACGGCACCGCACGUCGUGGAGGAUCUCCUCGGCGUCGUCCAGCUCCUCAGCGACGCCUCCGUCGUCCGCGGCGACGAGUCCGUCCUCGGACCAAAGGAGCCGCUCCCGGACGUCCCCGGCGUGGAAUGGAAGGACGUGGUGUACCACGCGGCGCACGGCCUUAGCGUCCGCGUCUACAGGCCGGCGUCGUCGUCUGUGGCCUGCAGCGUCAAGCUCCCGGUGCUGGUGUACUUCCACGGCGGCGGCUACUGCCUCGGCUCCUUCGCGCAGCCGACCUUCCACGCGUUCUGCCUCCGCGCCGCCGCCGAGCUCCCGGCCGUUGUGCUGUCUGUGCAGUACCGCCUCGCCCCCGAGCACCGCCUCCCCGCGGCCAUCGACGACGGCGCGGCUGUCCUCUCCUGGCUGCGCGGCCAGGCCGAGCUCGGCGCCGGCGCCGACCCGUGGCUCGCGGAGUCGGCGGACUUCGCCCGGGCCUUCAUCUCCGGCGUGUCGGCGGGCGCCAACCUGGCCCACCACCUCACCGUCCAGGUCGCCACGGCGCGGCUCCCAGUCAGCCCCGUGCGCGUCGUCGGGUACGUACUCCUCUCCGCCUUCUUCGGCGGCGCCGAGCGCACGGCAUUGGAGGCCGACCCGCCGACGGGCGUGUCCCUGCCUGUGGAGAUAUGCGAGCAGCUCUGGCACAUGUCGCUUCCGGUCGGAGCGACCAGGGAUCACCCGGUGGCCAACCCGUUCGGGCCCGAGAGCCCCAGCCUCGCGCCGGUGGAGCUCCCGCCGGCUCUCGUCGUGGCGCCGUUGGGCGACGUGCUCUGUGACCGCGUGCUGGGGUACGCGGCGAGGCUCAAGGGCAUGGGGAAAGACGUGGAGCUUGUCGAGUUCGAAGGACAGCAGCAUGGCUUCUCUGUCCUUCGGCCGUUCGGCGAGGCGGCCGACGAGUUGAUGCGAGUCCUCAGACGGUUCGUGUACCAAGGUGACACGCCCGCUGAGCGCUGAUGGGUUGGUGAAUGGUGAUCAUGCUACUGUUUCGAUGUUCUGAACUGCUGAUAAGGGUCGGAGGCUCUGCUAUGUUGGAUGUUGUGUGUCGAGAAAUAAAUAAAUUAUAAAUCUUCUUUCGAUUUUCAUUUCUGGUUGGACGUAUAGGUGUACAAUGGUUGGGAUUUUGGUCAAAUCACGACCCAGUACCUAAUUCUUUUUCUUUUAACACAGAAAGUAGCCAUCAAGCGUCAGGUUCUCACUCGUCUCACAGACAAUGUACAGCACGUAUUACAAAGCCCUGCGCUUGGAAAUUGAGAAGAGA